GUGUGUUGCCGUUGGUGGAUUAAGUAACACAAUUUUCGUGGACUCAGGUGGAGUUGUGAGAGCUACAUAAUCCUUGAGGUAUCAUGUAGCUGAAAUCAUCAGAGGCUGAUGCACACAGUAUUUUAUUAACAAAUUCUGUCUAAAGGGAGUGAUGUGAAAAGUAUUACAAAAUUGUUAACAUAGGAAAUUACAGUGUUUGUUUUUGGGUGUAAACUUUUGUGCUCAUCAAUUAAAACGUAACGACGACGCAGGAGGAGGUGUGGUGGCUGAACGGGAAGCAUUAUAUAGCUGUUUUAAUAAGCAAUCAACACUAGCUUUUAGAAAAUUAAUGUGCCUUUCCUCAUGUUUUGAAUAUAUGUUAGUGUUUUCUUACAAAGUUUAAUAUAUACGAUAACUUGGUUCAUCAUUUUGAACUGAAUUGUUGAAUGCCUGUUGUGCCCGUGACAUGAAAAGGUAUCAGCAGAGUGAAAGAAACGGAUGACGAAUUCUCCCAUCAACAUAAACAUUUCGUUUGACAAAACUCGUUCUCGAAAAGGAAGACAAAAAUUUGUCUCAAUUAUGACUUGUGCGGUGUUUCUUACAACGUGAACAACGGGAUUUUACACACGAGUGAGUUGGCCCAGGGCGAGCAGUGACUGUGAGAAAGUUGCAAAGUUGAGGUCGAAACACAACUAUUAAUAAAUUAAGUACAGAAUUAUUACAUAUUCUGGAACAGUUGUUUCUAUAAAAAUCAAGAUAUUUUUCAUCUAUUGAUCAAUUCGUCCCCUCGUAUUUAAGCUGUUCCAUUGAUUGACUGACUGGUCCAAGAGGCCAGUCAAACACCUGUCAAAAUUUUGUGUCUCAAAAAAAAAUUUUGGGGAUCGUCGUCCUCAUACGGUCCCCAAAGCAAAAACAAUCAAAAUGGGAUAAACGCAACGCUGCCUUCCACAUCGAAAACGGAUGCCCAGAACAGUUCCUCCACGUUGAGCUUGAAUGAUCACUCCUCUCUGAUUUCAAAUAGACGGAAAAGUCGUAGCAGCAUCAUGGCGCCCCCACCUUCGACAACAGCCUCCUCCGGCGCACCCACAAUCCACCCAUCGGUCCGAGACGUGACUGAGGACACACCAGCGGACCUUUUGGAAGGGACGAUGGAGCUGUUGGUGGUUCUUCCCUCAACGUCCACCGUUCGAAUGACCGUGGAUCGAAGAACGCCAAUGUUGGAUAUUCUCAUCAACGUGGGAACCCACAAUAAAUUGAACCCUGGAGACCAUAUUGCGCAAGUACGAAAUCAACGGGGAUUUGAACUUCCAUACAAACCAAGCACUCCAAUAGGUGCUUUAGAUACAACGACGAUUGAAAUUGUGCCAAAAAACAAAGUCAACGAUUACAUUGUUGUGAAGAAGCCUUCAAGGGUCGCAAAUCAACCAUUCGAACACACUUUCAGAUUGCAAGUACACCUUCCGCGGAAUCAAUUGUAUGUUAUGAGAGUUAGCAUGAAAACCGUGCUAGAAGAUAUCCUAAAAGAAGUGUGCCAAGAAAAGAACCUGGAUAUUCUGAAAUAUGAGAUCCGUCAUCCAGGGAAUCUGGAUGAAAGACUCCCACUUAAUGGAACUUUGGGGGAGUUUGGUCUUCACGAGAUAACAGUUGUCUCUAAAAAUACAAAAAUCAGCAAUUCCGUUUCUACUGCUGACAUUAUUGCACUGCAACAGACUGAUAACGUAGGAAGAGGGAAAGGCUACUUGGAUUCUUCCUUCAAACAUAGCAGAUCGAGUGUUGGGGACAGCAGCGUCAGUAGUGGAAGUACAGGAAGCGCUCGAGGACUUUCUCCAACCCGAUCGGACGACUCUAGAUCUGCGUCACCUUUCUCUAUGCACUCUCCAGGAAAACUUAGUCAUCGACCAAAUUCUGGCUCUUCCUCAGAUGUCAAUCGUCCUGUCCCAGCAGUAGUCCACAAGUCAAUGUCAAUGUCCAACAUGUUUUCUCCAGCAGCUUCAACGUCUCCGGCAUCGAGUGGGAUCCACCCACCUCCGCGGAAUAAAAAACGAGCUGCUCCCCUCCCACCCCCGCUUCUUAAAUCCCUAACAAUGUCAUCAAUGCCCACAGCAAGUGCAAUAGACGAAAAACAUUUAGGAACCAGGGUGACUCCAAAAAAGAAGGAGGCACCAAGAGCUCCAGCUCUAAUGUUAAAAUCGUCCCUGACAUCAUCUGCCACUCAGUUGAAUCAGUCAGCUCAUCAUCAUCAUGAAUCUAAUCAUUCGCGACAUAGUUCUGGUAGCAGUGGUGGGUACAACGAAGGCGGUGUGUUCGGUCUGACACAAAAUGAACUCCAUCGAUAUGACAGACAAAGUUCAUCACCAGCAAUGCUAUCGAGGCAAACGAUAGCAAAGAGUGCUUCAAACCUGACAACGACUUCCAGCACAUCAAACACAUCUUUGGCAUCCUCAUCUGGAGGUGGAUCGAAGAAACGCAAAGCCCCGACGCCCCCAACAGCCCUCCCCCCACUAAAACCACAGUCUGAGAUUGAUGAGGAAGACUACUCUGAGUCAUCUUCCCUGAGUGGUCCAGUUGGUGUUCCAGCGACAGCCAACAAAUCUGAUAAGAAGACUGGACAACCGCAAAACAGUGUAGAAGUGAAAGUGGAUGUACACAAAAGUUCUAUCACUGCUGACGUGCAUGCGAGUACCCCAAUUUCAGUAAACACUUGUAAAGAGGAAGAUCAGUACAGUUUUUCUACCCCUGCAUCAAGUCUUAGCAGUCCGGGGUCUUACUUGUCAAGUUCUUCCACUUCCCCAUUACCACCAAACACUGAGACUCCUGGCCCUGCUACCGACCUAAAUCCCAACAGUAGCCCAACUAUCCUUCAGGGUAGUAAUUUUUGCUCCAGUUCAAGUGAACCUGUUGUUGAUAGCAUGCAGUCUUCCGACCACACGCCUACUGGUAGUUCUCAAGUCCCUGCACCAUUACCUCCACCUCGGAAAACAAGGGAAGUUCCACUACAGGAGGGAAUCACAGAACAACCCCAGCCAAAACCACGACCAAAGCCAAGACUAGAUCGUAAAAGCAGUGACAGUCCAGCCAUAUUGUUACCGGAUCUUGUCAGCAAGCCAUCCUUGACUUCUUCUGACAAUGAUGAAGAGGAAUCAGGAAAUCUGCCACCUCAAGCACAACCAGUACAUGCAAAUCAGCUUAGAAACCCCUUGUCCAGAUAUGGCGUCAAAGUUCUGCCUGACCAAGUUCUCAAGGAACGAGCAGACCGUCUUGCGAAAGCAGCUUCAACAACUUUCUCAGAUAAUGAGGAUAGAAGUGAAAGUAAAUAUGAGCCCAGCUCUCAUUCCAAGGAAGGUGGCAGUGGUGGAAGUGUAGCAUCACGCAAUAAAAAAACAUCGGCGCCACCCCCACCAACAAAUUCCAGCACCACAAUUAAGCCUCCUCUCCCACCAUCUUCAAAAAAUUCUGCUUUCCAACUUCGGAAACGAGACUCGGACAGUUCUUCCCCGUCAGAGUCCACUAAAAUAGUAAAAGAUGAAUCGAAACCUUACAAGGCUAUUCCCAAACGACAAAAAUCUCAAGACGAAGAUUCAGAUAAUUUGGAAGAAAAUCUUGAACUUUUUGAGCCUGUUAUUUCAAAACCCAGCAAGCACAAUUUAAUUUCUUGGGACAGCCCCACGUCGUCACUUUCUAGUGGCACUGGCCAACCUAACAACUUACAAACGGUGAAAACACCCUCUGCUCCACAUCCUCAGUCGUCAACCACAUUAAAACUUCAAUCAUCCGUUGCUAGUAAUGACACCAUAUCAACAACCGGGCCAAAAGACAGCUCCAGAGUACUUUCUUCGAGUGUGUCAGAUUUCCAGGAGUUUAAGCGAAAAUCUGGCGACAAGGAAAAAUUGCAGGUCGAUGCGAUGGGGUUAGUUAGAACAAAUUCGGAUCGUCUCGCCAACACAAGCAAAGAUAACUCUCAUUCAAAUAAUAUUUCUCUGGCUGAAGAUGGGAAAAUGUUGAACCGAUGGCAGAAUUUGGAAUCACUUAAUGAGAGCAGCACUGAUCCUUCUGAUGCUUCUAAUCACAAAAAUACUAACAAUUUACCAACGGUGAAGGGUGAGGUUGCUCGUAACACUUCCGCACAGUUUGCUAAACGGUCACAUGCAAAACUUUCUUCAUCGGAUCGUGACUUUCAUGAAGGGAAACUUAAUUCAGUUGACCAAACGGAUGAUGUAGAUGAUGCCGGACACACUUCAUCUGAAAGUGAAGUUUCAUAUACUGACUCCGGUAUUCCGACAACCAUUACUCCAUCCCCAAUGGAUUUUGAUGCAAGAAUUUCUGACCAUGAUGACGACGAUCCAGAUAGUCCAACAAAAGAAAAGACGUCAGAGUCUAGAGGAUCGUCCAACAGAUCCUCAUUUCGAUCGGAUGAGGGUGACCAAUGGAGGGACGUACUCAAGAAGAAGGCUGAAAAUAGUCAUGAGGCACGGGAAAAAACUUUUCAAUCAAUGCUACCUCAGAGCUUAAAUAAUGUAGAAACUAAGGACAAAAUUAAGCUCGAUUCGGAUGAAUUGAAUAAUUAUCAAAACAGAACUGAACGUUCAAGCACCGACGAUGACCAAAAUCUUACAAAAGAGUCUACGCAGAGACAUAGCUCCUCCGAAUCUGCUUCUUCAAGAAAACUUUCAAAAUCUGAAUCAUUUUCCGAAUUCGAGUUUAUUCAAAUGAAGAGAAAGCAGUUUGCAGUUGGGGACAGAUAUGAAAAAGUUCAGAGUUUAAGCUCAAAUUUGUCGUCAUCUCGUCAUUCGAGCUCAGAAGAAGACCUGACACGUUCCACAGAAACUCAAGUCAAUAAAAAUAUAAAAAGUGAGACUACUGAGGUAGCAAGAAAUCCAAUGUACUUUUCCAGUGGGGGCGUCAAGCAGCAGGAAAAGCAUGAAAUCAAAGCAGAAAGCAGCUCUCUUCACAAGACCACGAGUCUUAAUGAAAUCCAAAAGUCAGAGUCGUCAUCACAAAACGAUCCUGAAUUGAUGAAAGCAAUUCAAUCUCAACUCGAAGAACAGUUUGAACAAUGGAAACUGGAUUUCAUUAAAAACCAAGUUGAGCCAGGAACUACUACCAACGAUUCAAAGUCUCAAGUAAGCUCAAUUGUCGAACGGGAAAAGGAACAAGAAAAUAAAUUAAUCGUCGAAUCUUCGGGUGCAAUGGAUAGUUCGAAACGGGAUUCCUAUUCUUCCGACGAUGGCUCAGAUGAAAACCCAGUUCCCAGCAGUGAACCUUUACAUCGUGACGAAUAUUCUCACCAGCCAUCAUCGACUGUGACUUAUUAUUCAGAAGAGACGACGACUUAUCACAAUAACUUGGAAGGUACUCGAUCAAUUAGAAGCUCUGAGCAAGUAAGAGACAACAAACCGAUUCAAAAAUAUACGGGCCCCCCAACCAUAAACAUGGGUUCAUGGACUGAACGACCACGAACAACCGUUUCCGUGAAGAAAGACGAGGACUAUAUUAUGGGAUUUGGUCAAGCCAAUCCUAAAGUAACUCCAACAGUUGAAUCCAGAUCUGCAGGAAAAGCCCCCCAAAAGCCAUUUUUUAACCAAUCUUUCAAUCAGAGCACGACCUCGUCACCUAAACCUGCACCUCAAGUUAUUUCACCCACUUUCCGAUCAGUGGUUGAAACCGUUGCUCCUUCUUCAAAACCAGACACUCCUUCACCCAACAACAAUAAUAAUAUUAAAGGAAUUUCUGCUACACUGAAUGCUCGUCCAAUCUCUUCAGUAGAUUCAGUUGACUCAGUGAGCACCAUAAAAAGUGUCCUUUCCACUUGGAAGCAACGAGUUGAAAGCAGUGAAGACCAAAAGAAAAAGAAUGUCUCUCAGGGACAUCCUCCAGAAAUUGAUAUUUAUGAAAACGAGAGUCCAAACACGUUCACGAGAACUCAUAAUCAAAAAUUUAUCAGUUUACAUGAAGAGUCCUCCAGCAAUGAUUCAGUUAAAAUGCCAAAAUUGCAAAUUGUGGAUGUGGGAGCUAACGUAAAUAUAGAGGCCUCCAAAGAAAAGUUUGACUUUCAAAGGAAGAUGCCAGAAAGUGAACGACCUGUAAUUAUCUCUAGAGAGCCACCUCCUCUUAAGAAACCUGCGACUAACCAAGAACCUGCACCAUCACUGAAAACCCAUGACACUGUAGAUUUGGGUAAACCUAGCAAACCAAUGUUCAAAAUCUCGUCCAUGGAGUCAAAACCAAAAUUAUUGUCUCAAGUUCAAGUGAAAGAAAUUGAACCCCCAGUCCAAACACCAUCUUCAAAUUCAAAAGAAAAUGUUGUCCUACGUAAAUCACAAAUAUCACUCGACAUUUCAUUCCCAGUUGAAAACGAUGGGGGUCCAUCUUUUAAAGAACGCAAAAGGUACUUUCAAGGAAUUUCCCCAGUUGAAAGUCCAAGUAAAGAAGUACCACUUCCAGCAGUGAAUUUGAAAACCAGCAUUGCGACUAUUCAAAAAGUAUUCGAGCAACGUCAACAAAGACCAGAUUCUAAUAGCCCAUCCCCAUCUCCAACUCCCACGCUUCAAAGAAAUCUGGCUUCCAUACCCACGAAGCCUGUAACCGUUGUUGUCGAACCUGCACCCAAAAUUAUUAAGAGUCCUCCCCCUGAUAAUGCUGCUGCUGCUUCAGCAGUUCCAUUUGGCCAGGCAACAACGCCCAGACAGUUUCAAAUGAUGUCAUCUGCAGAAAUGGUUCAAAGAGUUUUGGGAAAAUCUUCAAAACCAUCGUUCGAUGCUUUCAGACGAUCUCCGUCUCCAAUUUCAUCGACAAGCUCAACAUUGUCAAGAACCAGCUCAGGUCGCAAUACACCCUCCUCUUCUGCUGCUGCUUCUGAAGGAGUGGUCGAGAAUUCUACUCGCAUCACAAACGAAAUUAAGAAGUCUGCUCCACAUAAUAUUAAAAAUGUUGGAAAUAAGUCAAUAAUAAUCGUAGAAGCUCAGGCAGAACCAGUUAUUAAUACGGAUGCUAGCAAACCUAGUGCUGGAUCUGUUAGCAAUAAUGUGUUUAAACUGCAAAACAGUCUGAGCAUCAGUGGUGGUGGGGCUGGUCAGAAGAAACCUGUUGCCUUCGGGGAAGGUAACAACAAUGUGAAACGAAACAACUCAAUCACGACAACUACAACAAUUACCUUAAACGGCGAGGCGACAUCGACAUUCGGAAAUAAAAUCCCCUUUAACGAAAGGCGGCAGAGUAAUUUGGGCAAAGAAAGUCAGGGUGAUACUACUUCUGUUUCAAUUGUUGAGCGAAAAUCUUCAAUUCCAACGAACGGAGGUGGUCCACCGCCACCUCCACCUCCGCCGCCCAGUUCGGACACAAUCACCAGGCCCCAACAUAUUUCAUUCAGUAAUCGGCCAAAAUCUGAAAUUUUUUCAUCGCCGUCAAGCAACAAGUCAUCCACUCCUAGCAGUCCAAGUGGCAGUGAUCCCAGAUCAGAAAUAUUUAAUGUGAUAAAACAGUCUAACGGAAAUUUUGGAUUAAAAAAGACUGGUUCCACGUUUCUGCUGAAGUAACUUUGUACGUCAGCUAUGGCGUCAAAAAUCGCAACCCGACGCAAUUGUUGUAUUGAUUUGAUGACUGGGACUAGAUGUUUGAUUCCAUGUCAUUUCGUUACACGCAUGGACAUUACUGUACAGCGGAUAGCGGUCAUGUAGCCAUAACUUAUGCUAAUUACAUAUACAUAUUUAAUGGAUGAGAAUUAGUGCCAAUAGUCAUUGAAACGAAAGGUUAAUGUAAUUUAAUAGUUUCCCAUGAAAUGAAUAAAUAUAUAUUUGUUGACAAAUA